CCCCGCCCCGCCCGUCCCCGCAUCUCUCUGUCGCCACCGCUCCCUCCCACCGCCCGUCCCCGCCAGAUCCUCCACCUCGUCCGCCAACCUCGCUGUCGGCUGAGAGAAGCACCUCCCUCCCCCCCAGUCGACAGAAGCUCUCCACUCGCGCGCCUCCUCCCUUCCUUCCUUCCCCGACGGCAGCUCCAACCGCCUCCGCCUUCGCCGCCCAGCAGCAGCCGACGACAAGGAAGAAGCUAAGGCAACAGAACAGAGUCUUGCAGCAAUAUGGACCACCGACAAGGCAGGGAUGACCAUGAAGGGGUGCAGGUUGUUGGAUUUGAAGUCCCAUCAUCACCAGACUCAAGCUACAGCAACCCUAUCCCCGGAAACGAAGACGAAGCUCGAGAGCCCCCAUUGGUUCCUCCUCACCUGCAGCACACACUGCUGAGCUUCCCGCCGAGCCAUGACGACGGGAGCAGCCUCCCUCUGCCCCAACCCGUGGUGCUCAACCACCUCUACAUAGAGAAGGAGAACUCGAGAUCCGUGGUCGCCCUGGGGAUCACCCACCGGUUCAAGGCCAAGUAUGUGACGGUCGUGCUCUACAAGCCGGUACAGAGGCGGUAGCUUCUACCCAUUGGGGUCGUGUCUGUUGUAGUCCUGGAGAAACAAAGAGAGAUGCCCUUCAUUCUCAAAUGAUUUGGUCAUGUACUUAAUUGACUGUGACUGCUGGUCGUGAUGAUGAAGAUGAUCGUCUAGUCUGAUGUUUGUGCGUCUUUGGACUCAACUUGUUGGUAACAAAUGUUGAACAGUGUGGUCUGUCCGAAACCCUCAUAGCGAAUCGACGAGGCUUGAUCAUGAAAUCGGACAAUACCACCGUGAGCCGAGCUAAUAAAAUUGAGUGUUUGGUCA